CUACCGGCAGGGAAACCAUCGAUUUCUAUUUCAACAGCCGUAACUCCUGCAAGAAUUUCUGGAAGAAGUGCCUGGAGCACCAUGCCUUCUUCCGUUCCCGUGACGUGCACGGUGUGGCCGGCCAGGGCAGUGGCGGUCUGGGCAGUGCCUGGUCCGCCCCUGCCACCCAUCCCUAC